AUGGUGGACAAAGAGAAGAAGAAGAAGGCGAGUAUCUUGGACCUGUCCAAGUACAUCGACAAGACCAUCCGGGUGAAGUUUCAGGGGGGCCGCGAAGCCAGUGGAAUUCUGAAGGGAUUCGACCCACUCCUCAACCUCGUGCUGGAUGGAACCAUUGAGUACAUGAGAGACCCUGAUGACUAGUACAAGCUGACAGAGGACACUCGGCAACUGGGGCUGGUGGUGUGCCUCGGAACAUCAGUGGUGCUCAUCUGCCCGCAGGACGGCAUGGAGGCCAUCCCCAACCCCUUCAUCCAGCAGCAGGAGGCCUAGCCCUGUGCUCACCACUCACCCCACGCCUGUUUCUUAAUAAAAUCACAAACUGCCACAAAAAAAAAAAAAAA